UUCUCUGUAUGGUUAUCUCUAUUGAACAACUAUUAUAUUCUUUAUUCGUAACUUUUGUUUCCUUUAUAUCGAAUUUACUCCUUGAUUAAUCUUCUGCUUCAUAUCUUCUGCUCUUUGCCGCGAUUAAUUUUCUUCUUGUAUCUUAAAUCGACUUUAAGGCGUGAACCUCAAGAAAGAGCCGUAACAUCUUAGCGUAACGACCAUAAUCUAAGGCCAUAAAUAUAACCUAGUUUAAACUUUUCUAAUUACUAAUCAGUAUCACCAGGCAUAGACGCGAUUGUCAGAAGAAAUAAUUGCCCUCAAAUCUGAUUUGAAACUGUUGUCACUUGUCGAACGUGACUUGAAAAUAUUCGACGAACAAGUUAACUAUAAUUCUAUGGGAUUCAAACCUUGUAAAUCCCAAAACCGGAGUAAAUACUUCAUACUUUUGAGCAGCAGACCUAAAUUAAAAGCGUAAUUUUGGAAACACAAAUAGUUCGGAAUCUGAGCCUCAGCCUCAUGUCAAAACCUAAUCUCAAUUGUAUUGAUUGUCAAAAAUUAUCAAUAAAUUGAGACUAAUUGUGUUUAGAUUCGUUUUAAUUCUUAUUUGACGAAUCCGCUUGACCAGAACAGCAGGUCAACGAUCUCAAUUAUCAUAGGAUACCCCCAGAGUACCGCAGAACCUUACAUGUUCAGGCUGUUUAUGUUAUGUUUUCACCAUUUUAUAUUACCGGAUUCUAAAUGACAAACCAUUUCAAUUCCCCCUUUUGAUCUGUGCAUAAGGCCCUGAAACCAUGAGAACUGGGUUUGCGCCGGAAGUUUAAUCCGGAUACGGUUCACUGCUGGAUUCCUGGCGCGAAAAGCAACACGUCUUUUAAAAUACCCGCGAGAGAGAAGGACCAAAUCUGCAUUUGUACCGAGACAAGUAUUAGUAUAAGACCUAGACGUGUAAUGAAGUCGAGCAUAGAUUAGAUGAACAUUGAUAAUAUAAUAUCAAACGAAUAAGGAGUGUUUCACACAUUCACACUUCGAUUCCUUUUGGACUCAUUUCGGGAAUCAGACGUCCUGUUUUGUAGAGUUCCGAGUUUUCAGAACAAUUCCACAAUCAUUCUACAAGUUUAACUUGCACACUUCAGUUGAUUGUCAGUCACUUUAAAACAAUAAAAUAGUCUUAAACAGAGCUUCACAGGAAUUACAGUCGUAUGUAAUGGUCUAACAAGACGCUGAAACCGCAACUUAAACCGGAGGAGCAAGUGUAUCUACAAAAGCGGAUAGAAGCGAGUUCUCCUGUUUUCCAAACAAUUCCCCCUAAAUCUAUUUUAAACUAAGAGUAAAUGCCGAGUAUACUUAGUUUAACUAUGUCUAUGCUUUAGAUUUCAAAUUUUUCCCCAAAUUCUCCCGUUUUCCUCAAAUUUUGCUUUCCUGUUCUUGUAAUCUUCAACUGAAUCAUUUUGCAAUCCCGACAAAACAGUUUGAUUUAUUAAUAUUUCAGACCCGAAUACGCGUACUUAUCAAUUCAAAUAAAACUUAAUUAUCUGCAGGUUUAUUUUUAGUCAAUUCCUUGCGGGUCCAUAGAAACUAAAUUCCCAGACUUUGGUACAACUUGUAGUUUUCUUCCAUUACUGCAUUCCGUAAGUUUCCCAAACUGUUUGUUUUCAUUGCCCUUUCCCCGGCUCAGCUUUGUUUGCGACCAAAAUAGACCCGAAUCGCACCCAAAAGUUAACUUAAACCAUGAAACCGGAAAGUUGUUGAAAUCCAUGAUAAAACUGUAAAUUUAGCUGCCUUAAUUCCUUUCGAUUAUAUAUAGUAUAUUUUGCUUUCAUCAUUUGCAACCCAAAAAAUUUACACAAUUAAAAAGUGUGCUUUAAAAACAAACUCUCUGCCUAACUUCAUAAAAGAGUUGCAGGAAUUAUAUACCCAUCCAAAUACAUCCGAACGCGAGUUAUUGUAAUGAACGGAACCGUCGAUACUCUUUUGCACAAUCACAACGACUUACUCCGAUCAUCUCAUUUGACUGGAGAUUUCAGCAACAUGCUCAAUGGUUCAAACCACUAUCAGCACCAUCAUCGUAACAAGUAUUCGUCCCCACCUAUUACCAACUCAUUCGGUCCCCUUGGUGUUGAUGUCGGAUUAGAAGAGCAGAAUCGAGGAGGGGAUAACGUAGGUUGGGGUGGGGGAGGAUUGUGGUCCCAUUUGACCCCAAAUCAGUUGGGUGGGGGCAGAAAUGGAGCUGGCGAUAGGGGAGGGGCUAGAAAGGAGAAUGUGUCCUUGAGUAGAUUCACCUCGAGCUCUCCGUCCAUCGAUUUGAUGCAACAAUUGAGUGUGAAGCCUAGCACCGACAUGUCUCUCAGUCCCAUGAUGAUGAUGAAGCAGUACCAGUCACACUGCAACAGUCCUCGAAACCCACUCUCAACUUCGCCUUUUUUGCCCCACCAUAGAGAAAACAAUAACACAAAUAACAAUAAUCAGCAGAUUCUACAAAUGAAAAGCAACAAUGAACAUCAUUCACCAAAUGGGGUGGUGGAGGUUAACAACAACAUUGUGAUGGUCGGAUCCAGGUCUGCAAACAAUAAGAGUCCAAUGACACAGUCCAGAAGCUUCCAUGGUCAAGAAUCAUACCCAUUUACGCCUCUCACGUCAUCAAAUGCUAAUGGGAUACCUUCCAAUGUUCAGAACCGUUUAGGAUCAUCAGGCACUGCAGGAGCUGCACCAUUGGCAUCUUUGGUACCAGGGUUUACUCUGAGUCUCGCCGACAGCGGUGAAUUGACUUUCAGUGGAAAAGAAAGUCAGAGUCGAGAUGAAAUCCAAGAUUUCGAUGUUGAUGGUCUGGAUACUUCUGGGAUGGAUAAAGAGGACUUAUUGGAUCUUUUGAAGGAGUUGUCGCUGGACGGGUUUGGUAGAAGGGGAAAGAAGAAACCACCUCCGAGUUACUUGUGCCAUCUGUGCUUUACAAAAGGACACUACAUCAAGGACUGUCCUCAAGCGCGGCCCAAGGGCGAGGGUCUGACCCCCUACCAAGGAAAGAAGAGGUGUUUUGGGGAGUACAAGUGUCCCAAGUGCAAGAGGAAGUGGAUGAGUGGGAACUCGUGGGCCAAUAUGAGUCAGGAGUGCAUCAAGUGCCACAUAAACGUCUACCCUCACAAACAAAGACCUCUUGAGACACCCGAUGAACAGGCUUCCCAGGAUUCCAAUCAAACAUCCCAGAACCCUUCGUCUCUUUCUCUCUCGGCACCGAACCAACCAAAUGGACUCUCUUUGCCCCGAAACAAUAGCAUCCACCCAUCUUCCAGCCCACAGGACAGGGAGGCAAUGAAGCAACAGCGAAUGAAACAACUGGAAGCGGAAUUUCUUUACAGUCCGUUGAGAUCGUUCCGCGAGACAUCUUUGCAGACGCAAAGCUACUCGAGUCAGCCGAGUUCGCAGCGGCCGAAGGAGCGACAGAGUUACACUGAAGGUGUCAUAAGUCAGCCUCACGACAUGACUACCUUAGGGACCCCGACUCCUUUGGGAGUCCCGACGCCAAAUAAAAUAUCUGCCGGAUAUUUCGGAGGAGUCGCAGUUGCCGACCAACGGACUCUUUCGACGUCAAUGCGACCAUCAGGACUAGGUGUAGGAAUGGGAGUGGGCAUGUGGAAUCAAGGGAGCCAGAGCAACCGGUCUUCUCUGGGCGACUGUUCUGGAAUGGGUGUCGGCGGAGUGGGAGGUGGAAUGAGGGGACAAUUGUUGAUAGAUUAUUUGCCCGGAGCACAUCUGGCGCAACUAAGAGCACAUCCGAGUAAUGUAAAUUAAGAGAGAUAAGGGAACAUUAUUCCUCGAAAAUAUUCAGAAAAAUUGGCUCGCAAUCGCAAUGAAAAGACCUUCGAGACUAUCGAGAGGUGAAGUCAAUUCCACAGAAUUGACUUUUGUUUAUAAUUUAAACUGAGCUUUUUAGUAUGAUAAUGAUAUGUUUCAAUGUUUUGUGUUGUGUUAACAUAAAAUUUUUUUGUAUUUAUUUAAAGAAAAAAAUCCAAGAACAAUUAAAACUCCAAACAACCUUGUAAGGAUUUAUUUCAACCACUGAUGUUCAUUUCUCUUUUUGACAUGAGUUAUAUCUUACACGAAUAAAUUGUUUCUACAUAAACACACACCCAGUUGAUGCAUGAAUAAAUGUAUAUACAGAUUAUAAUCUGAUCUAAUGAUUGUAUCUUUUUGCGACACCCUGCUGACACCCUCCUCUCCUAUACCACCCCCCCCCCCCCCCAAUACCCUCACCCUCUCAAUCAAGUUGCUUCUCUUCCUUCGGCUUAACAAGUUGCCUUACUUUAAAUUGUGCUCAAAAUUUUUAAUCACUAGUUUUAUACUUUGGUGCAUUUUCUUAUAUAUAAUUAUUCUUGCCUGCAUAUUUCGCCUUUUUAUGAGAAAAUCAAAGCUGAAGUUAAAAUUCGAUUAUUUCGAUACAUACAUUCGAUUCCUAGUUGCUUAGUCUUUAUUUAUAUGUUGUGUUCAACCAGAGAGAUAUAGAUCAUCACAAUUUGUAUAAAUUUGAAGUUUUGUAGAAUUUCAUUUGCGUUUCGGCUGUUUCCAUAAUGAAUAUAGCAGAAUUUGAUUGAAAAUAAUUUAAUCCAAUAAGACCUAAAUGCUAGAAUGUAGUUUAAAUUACAUGUUAUGACAUGGUUUGAUCAGAUAUAAUUCGAGGCAAUUUUGUACAUUUUGUA